AUGGCAGCGCUCUUGAAUCGGCUACACCACAUCUCGCUGCACGUUUCUAACGUGGAGAAAGUCGCUAGCGACCUUGUCUCUAAAUUCAAGUUUCGUUUGUUUGCCACCAGACUAACCGACAGGUCCAGGCAGCUGGCGUUCAGAAAAGGAGCGGCUGUUUUCAUCGUGAAUGAGAGACAAACCCAGAGUGGUGUGAGAUUGAAUGAAGAGCUACGCCUUACGGAUGUAUAUCCACGUGAUCCACACCGGGUCAACGUGGGGAUUUACAACCAGGAUGAUUCUAUGAAAUGUCUUUAUGAUAUCAGUCCACAUUACCCGUUGGAUACUGUAAGUAACGUGUGUUUCGAGGUAGAGGAUGUGGAUAGGUCAUUCAAGGCUCUUCGUCACCUGGGCUGCAAUUUCGUGGUUCCCCCCACGACAGUUCAGGACGAGAGGGGUCCCGUCACCUACUCUGUGGUUAAAUCUAUUGUGGGAAAUGUGUGCCACACACUUAUUGACAGGACACAAUACAAGGGGAGCUUCUUGCCUGGGUUUUAUGUCAUUGAAAAUGACUGCAGCUUGCCAGAAGAGGACAUGUCUUGUCCAAUCACACAUUUUGAUCACAUAACUUAUGUCUGUCCCCGGAAAGCAACCCACCAGGUCAUGAGUUGGUAUGAGAAGCUCUUUGGUUUUCAGAGGUUUUUCAUUAAAAGUAAUGAAGAUGUGGACGAAGGUUUUGUCGUGAACCAUGAGGACGUUGGCCUACGUCUUACCGCCAUGGAGUACUGGAAAUGCAGUAAAGCAGGCAUUACUCUCCCCUCUGUAGACAAAAAAGAGCCGGACUGCAAGUUUGUCAUUGCGGAAUCAUUGCCCGGACAAGGCAGGAAUCAGGUUGACACCUUCUUGGAGCAGCAUGGGGCCCCGGGGAUCCAGCACAUUGGGCUGUACACAAACAACAUUGUUUCUACUGCACAUGUGAUGGCUGAUGCUGGUGUCCAGUUUUUCUCCCCUCCUCAUGCCUACUACACAGAGGUUGGAAAACAGCAGGAGAUAGAGGAGGCAGGACACGAUCCCCAGUUGCUGGCGCAGAAUGGCAUUUUACUGGACACAGACCUGUGCCAGGAUCCCUCAUCACAGAGCGCAUCCCGUGAAAAGAAAAGAUACCUUCUCCAGGUGUUCACCAAGCCCAUCUUUGCGGAGGAGACCUUCUUCCUCGAGCUGAUAGAGCGAAGAGGGGCGACAGGUUUUGGUGAGGGGAACAUCAGGGCGCUGUGGAGGUCGGUGCAGGCGCACAUGGAGAAUCAGAGGGGGGAUUCUCAAGGAGAGGGAUCCUUAAAAAUUAUGCAAACUGGCCAGUAUUAGUCAAUCCAAAUAUUUUUAAAAGGAGGCUAUUCUAUUUGCUGGUUUUUAGAUAUCAAUGUGAGAGCACUUAUAAGGGAAACAAAUAUGUUGAAUGUAAAAAAAGAUGUAAUAUAUUUUUAGUUUUCUCUUUAUUUAAGUUGUGGAUUUAGUGGCACAUCUCAAGUUACAAGUACAAUAUUUGUAUUAAUAUGUAUCUUUGAACAUGACAUGUACAAGUUAAAGAUGUAAAAAUUGCACUAUUAACAAAGUGGUACAAAAACAGAUGUUGAAAUGUCACAAAAAAGCACUUUCUGUAGUAGUAGUAAAAGAAUAUCUUUGUUUUCACUGUGUCAAAGCAAAGCAACUGACUGACUUCUCAGCAACUGUUCCUCAAUAAAUCUGUUACUCACACACCAGGCCCUGAAGACCAAUUACUGUCCUCAAAAUAAUGUGCUCUUUGUUUCUUAGAAUGUGGGCGGGCCACAUUUCAGAAUAAGAGCUCUUCAAAUCUCUUAGGUCAUCUUAAGUAAAUAUCCCCGGUGGUCAGAGAGGAAAGUAUGCAUGUGUUUAUGUGACAGCCCUAGUUGUAUGUUAUUGAGCUCAUUCAAAAAAAAUCUAUUUUAUCUAAUAGUGUUUCCACUGUUUAACUGCUGAUUUAAC